AUGGAUAAAUGCAAAGCUAGGCUAGUAGCAAAUGGAUUUUCUCAAAGGUUUGGAGUAGACUACACUGAGGUUUACACACAAUUUGCAAGAUGGGAUACAAUCAGACUCAUUGCAACAACUGUGGCACAAAGGAACUGGUGUAUUUACCAACUUGACGUAAAGAGCACAUUCUGGCAUGGUGAGCACAUUCUGGCAUGGGAAGAGUAUAAUAGAGUCGAAGAGUGCAAAAGCGCUAAGGAGCUUUGGGACACUCUAAGGAUCCAUCAUGAAGGAACAAGUCACAUGAAAGAAGCAAGAAUUGACAUGGGAAUAAAGUUGAAAGCAAGAGCACAAGCGGAGCUUGCCAACUUCUGGGUAAAUCUCUAA